GCCUCCCCCGCGGUGGCGGCGCGGCCCGAGCCCGUCCCGGCGUGUCCCGGCCCUUCCCGGCCCGGCCCGAGCCCCAGCCCCCGCGGGAGCCGCCCCGCCCCGCCAUGCCCCCCAAGAAGCAGCAGCAGCCGGCGGGGGGCAGCAAGAAGGCGGACCAGAAGAAGAAGGAGAAGAUCAUCGAGGACAAAACAUUUGGCCUAAAGAAUAAAAAAGGUGCAAAGCAGCAGAAGUUUAUCAAGGCUGUGACUCACCAGGUUAAGUUUGGUCAGCAGAACCCACGUCAGGCUGCUCAAUCAGAAAGUGAGAAGAAAUUAAAGAAAGAAGAUAAGAAAAAGGAAUUACAAGAAUUAAAUGAACUCUUCAAGCCUGUGGUUGCUGCACAGAAAAUAAGCAAAGGUGCUGACCCAAAAUCUGUAGUUUGUGCUUUCUUCAAGCAAGGACAGUGCACUAAAGGAGACAAGUGCAAGUUUUCUCAUGAUUUGUCAUUGGAAAGGAAGUGUGAAAAACGAAGUGUUUACAUCGAUGCAAGAGAUGAAGACCUUGAAAAAGAUACAAUGGACAACUGGGAUGAGAAGAAGCUGGAAGAAGUGGUGAACAAGAAGCAUGGUGAGGCGGAAAAGAAAAAACCCAAAACCCAGAUAGUCUGCAAAUACUUCCUUGAUGCUAUUGAAAACAACAAAUAUGGAUGGUUUUGGGUCUGUCCAGGUGGAGGAGACAACUGUAUGUAUCGCCAUGCCCUCCCUCCGGGCUUUGUGUUAAAAAAAGACAAAAAGAAAGAGGAAAAGCAAGAUGAAAUUUCAUUAGAAGAUCUAAUAGAAAAAGAGCGUGCUGCCUUAGGACCAAAUGUUACCAAAAUUACUCUAGAGUGUUUUAUUGCAUGGAAGAGAAGAAAAAGACAAGAAAAAAUUGAUAAGGCCGAACAAGAUAUGGAGAGGAGGAAAGCAGAUUUUAAAGCUGGCAAAGCAUUGGUGAUUAGUGGACGUGAAGUAUUUGAGUUCCGGCCAGAGUUGGUUGAUGCAGAUGAUGAGGAAGCAGAUGACACCCAUUAUGUUCAAGGAGCAGGAGAUGAUGAUGAGGUGGAGGACCCUGUGUGUAUAAAUGAUGUAGAUUUGAACCUGUAUGUCCCCAAGGCAGUAGAAGAGACUGGUAUUACAGUGGCUAGUCCAGAGCGGUUCAGCACAUACACUUCAGUAGAAAAAGAUGAUAAUAAAUUAAGUGAAGCUUCUGGUGGUGAUAUAAACAACAGCGAGCAAAAUGAUUUAGACGAAGAUAAUGAUGGAGAUGGGGAAUUGGAAAAUGGAGUAAUUGAUGCAGUUCCAGUUGAUGAAAAUCUCUUUACUGGAGAGGACUUGGAUGAACUAGAGGAAGAACUAAACACUCUUGAUUUAGAAGAAUGAACUAAAAAGCUCCAGUGAGGAAUUAAACCCAUGUGGCAAAGUG